AUGGCGGAGGGGGCCGCCGCCGUGGGCGUGCUCAACCCCGGCGCCAGGGAAUUCCUCCCAUGGUGGCGCCUCGACAGCCCCGUGAGGAAGGCGCUAUCCGUCGACGCGCCGGAGUUCCCCGCGAAGAAGGCGCUCUCCGUCGACGCCCCAGAGUUCCUCGCGAGCCCUGUGAGGAAGGCGCUCUCCGUCGACGCGCCGGAGUUCGAGAUGACGGCGGACAUAGGGCCAGCGACGGCUGCCGGCGGCGGCAGUAACGCGACCCCGCCGCCGACCAGCGUCGUCCGAACGGGGAGAAGGGCUGCUCACAGGCCCCGAAGGUUUCUGUCUCGGUGGCAAGAAGCUGUGAAAAGAACAAUCUUUGUCAAGUAUAUUGACCACACUGUUACUGAGCAAAUCCUGGCUGAGCUAUUCCAGUCAUGUGGUAAUGUGGUGGAUUGCCGCAUCUGUGGAGACCCCUCGAAUGGUCUCAGGUAUGGGUUUGUAGAGUUUCAGCAUGAGGAGGAAGCAUAUGCUGCAUUAUUUCUUGAUGGAAUCAUCAUUGGGAUAAGCCCUCUGAGAGUUUUACCUUCAAGGACUGCAAUCUGCCCGGUUAAUCCCAGGUUCCUUCCUCAGUCUGAAGAUGAGUGGGAGAUAUGCUCGAGGACUAUCUAUUGCACCAAUAUCAGCAAGACCGUCCAAAGUAGUAAUCUGAAAGCUUACUGUGAGGCAUACUUUGGCAAGGUUUGCCGCCUUAAGCUUUUGGAUAAUGGCAAGCGCUCGACAAACUUAGCGUUUAUUGAGUUUGCUGAGGAUGUGCCCAUCCAAGACCCCGAUAAGGGAUUAUUAUGGGAGCUCGCCUGUGCUGGCAGCAGGGUCGUUGGCGGAGACUAA